UGGGCCCCGCCCAGCCGCUGGUCCCGGAGCUGCUAGCCGGGCUGCGGCAGGUCAACGCCAGGUUCCUGUGGCUCGACCCCUCGGGCGACGGCGAGGGUUCCCACAAGCAGCGGAUGGAGGCGGCGGUGGAGGCUGCCACCGCCGCGGUGACAGCGAGCGCUGGCGGCAGGGUGGCGGAGGCGGCGGGGGACCUCGCACCGGCGGAGGUGCAGCUCGCCAUGCUGCUGAGCUCUCACUGGCGACUGGACAGCGCCGCCGCCUCCUCCUGCCUGGCUCCCAACCCCACCCUGGGCCUCCCGUGGCGUCCUGUCGCCUGGCUGCCGGUCAGGCACAAAAGGAUUACGCUGGAGUUCAUGGUGUGCAGCAUGGUCCUGCCGCCAGCACCCACUGCUGCGACCCAACCUGCAGCGGCCCCCGGGGCGGCAUCCGGGAAAUCGGGCGCAGCGGGAGAGGCGGUAUCCGGCCUUCGCAGCUACGCCCGGUUUAAGGAGUUUGAGACGUCGCCGUGGUUUUGGCACGUGUGGUCGGAGACACUGGGUCUGGGCUUCUUAUACUAUUUGAAUCGCAUACCCACGCAGCCGCUCCUGUGCCUUCCAUCUAUCAAGAUCAACGCAGAGCCCCACAAGGCCGCGGUGGCCGCCAAGGCAGCUCCCGCCGGCGCCAUCAAGGGCGCCUGGCAGAAGCGCGGCGGCGGCCCGGGCGCGCAGCACCCCAACGCCCGGCCGCCCAUGGCACCGCCGGCGAUGCCAGUCAGGGGCCCGUGCGGGAGUAGGCCGGGGGCUGCGGGGCGGACUGUGCCUCUUGCGGCAAGCGCGCAGGUGAACGUUCCAGCUGGCGGUCGCAUGCCGCUGAAGGCCGGCGGUCACAAGCCCGGUGGAGUGCCGGGAGGCAGGCCGCUGGGUGCGGGAGGAGGUCCGGGGGGCGUCAGCCGACCCACGGGUCAUGGGGUCGGCAAGGGC